AUGGAUAAGUCAUGCAUCAAGAAGGCAAGCUUCCAUCUUAUAUGCCCCUGUCUCUCCCUCGCCCCUCUCUCCCUACCUCAUUCCUCCCAACCGCGGUCGUUCGAAGUCACCGCCAACAACCAAGACUACAAAGACUAUAUCGCCGAGCCCUCGCCGUCGGUUGUGCAGACGCCAGCGCAGAAACCUCCAGCUCGCCAGCAACGGGCUGCUCGACUGAUCUCUACGGCCGGGCCCAAGUUCAAUGCUUCCUUUGGGGAUCCUGCGGACGAAUUCAUUCUCCGGAAAGCUUGCUCCCGUCCGUCGGUCAAGAGCUCCCCAGGCCGAGGCAAAGCGCAAAAUCGAGGAUAG